ACGCAGCACCGGUGCCGAGCCGCACACUUUUUGUGCUUACGCUUGAGCCGAGACUUGUAAGCUGUGCUUUCUCAACAAAUUCCGUGUUCGAAGGAAAUCACGAAGAAUUUAACCAAGAAUUGAGUUCAUCAUGCCUGGACGUCCGUUGUGGCAGGUUGCUGGUAAAAGAGAGGCUAGCCAAGAGGCAGAAGCUCAACAAUGGAUCGAGACGAUCGUUGGAGAAAGAUUUCCACCAGGAGUCAGCUACGAGGAUGCUUUAAGAGACGGUGUAUUAUUAUGUAAACUCAUGAACAAAUUGCAGCCUGGAAUCAUCACGAAGAUUAAUACAUCCGGUGGUGAUUAUAAAAUGAUGGAUAAUCUUAAUCAGUUUCAGAAAGCCUGCACGAAAUAUGGCGUCCCUGACGUGGAUCUCUUCCAAGCAGUCGAUCUUAUGGAACGGAAAAAUAUCGCUCAAGUUACGAAUACCAUCUUCGCUAUCGGACGCACUACUUAUAAGCAUCCCGAAUGGCGUGGACCUUGGCUAGGACCGAAACCAGCGGAAGAGAACAAACGAUCGUUCACGGAAGAACAGUUAAGAGCCGGUGAGACACUUAUUGGUUUACAGGCAGGUACCAAUAAAGGUGCAACUCAAGCUGGUCAAAACUUCGGUGCUACGAGAAAAAUUCUUCUUGGAAAAUAACUCGUCUUUCUUAACGUGUGUCAAUAUCAACGAAUAAUCAAUGAAAAAAGUAGCGAUAUUAAGAUAGUUUCUAUUUACAUACAAGUCGAAGAAAAUGUUGUGAUUAAAAAUAAAUGUAUUUUGUAACCUUGAAAA